AUGAAUAAAUGUAAUAGUAUUAUAAAAUAUAUUAGAGUAGCACAAGCAACAUAUAUCAGAGCAAAUGGAAACAGUACAGUUUUAAGUACUGUAAUGAAUCAUUUCGAUAAUAAACCAUCAGAGGAGUAUAUUCAAAAUUUAAUCGAAUCAGGUUGUAUAUAUUACCGUCAACCAUUAUCAGAAUGCAAAACCACACCCCCAAACCCCAAUAGAAUUUUUACAAAUAUCGAUUUGGCAAAAGAUUCAAUUUUAAAAGUAUUUUUUUAUCCAAGACCCUACUCAAUGGAGCAUGUUCGUUGUGAGGACCCAAGCAAAUAUAUCAUUUUCGAAAAUCAGUAUUUCUUAAUUGUAGAUAAACCUCAUGGUUUAGAUGUUGGACCAAUUGUAGAUAAUUAUCAUGGUAAUAUCACAGCAAUAAUUGGAGAUUAUAUAGAAAAAAGAGAUAAUAGGAAACACAAGUUAUAUAAUCCUCAUAGAAUUGAUGGACCAACUCGUGGUUUGAUUGUAAUAAUUAAAGACCCCGAUUUUUUAAAAAAAUUUAAUAAAAUGAUAAUUAAAAAUGAAGUUUCGAAAAUUUAUAAGGCAUUUUUACCAAAGUCAAGUAACCAAAAUAUUAUUAAUCCAGGGUUAUAUAGACAUUAUAUGAGCCCAGAUAAUGUUUUACCUAAAGUUAUGGUAAAUGAAAAACUAGAAAAAUACCACGAGUGUUUAUUACAGGUUUUAAAUGUAGAGGAAAAAGAAAUCUCAAUACCAAUCGAUAUAGAUGAAGUAUCAUUGGAUUUAUUACAAACUCCAAUAAAUUUUGAACAGGUUGGAAAAGGAGAUUAUAGAAAACAAAUGAAAUCUAUUCCGUUUUAUGUUGUAGAUAUUAACUUAAUUACUGGUAGGACUCAUCAAAUCAGAGCACAGUUUAGUAAAAUGGGUUAUCCAUUACUGGGUGAUAGAUUAUAUGGAGGCAAAAAAAUACUGGAUUUAGAUCAACAAAAUAGUUACAGCGGUAACAAAAAUUAUAGAAAAAUGAAUCAAGAUCUUGGUAAAAUGAUUGGUUUGGUUUCUCAUCAGUUAUCGUUCAAGUGUCCAAUAACAGGUGUGGACUAUUGCUUUACCAUUAAAGAAAAUAGUUAUAAUGUAAAUAAAUUAAAAUUAUAG